CGUUAGCAGGGAAUCGCUCCGAAGGCAUUUUGGAGUGGACCGUAAUUAAUUAAUUAAUCAAAGUGGUGUAAAGGGGGCAGUGAACAGUCGGUUGAGGAAAUAGGGCUGGGAUUGUUAAGAGUUCAUGGGCUAGUGAUUCAAUACGAAUUGAGGGUCAAUAAGGAAGUGUCGGGGCUCUUGGGGCUUGACUAGGGGCACCAUGGACUCCAUUCCACGAACACACGAAGAUAUUGAAGCCCAGAUCAGGGAGAUACAGUCGAAGAAGAAGGAGAUCCAGAGUGCGACGACUGAGAAGGAGCAGGUGGGCCUCGGGAAGACUGGGUUCUAUGAUCAGGACAUUUACGAUGGGACUAACAACAAAUAUGAUGGAUAUGUCACGUCUAUUGCUGCCAACGAUGAGAUUGAGGACGAAGACUAUGAGCCAACAACAUUCUCAACCAAACAGAGGUCUGGGUACACAGCCCCUGCAGCACUCCUCAACGAUGUUGCACAGAGUGAAAAAGAAUACGAUCCGUUUGCAGACAGACGUAGACCAACGAUAGCAGACCGAGAAGACGAGUAUCGUCAGAAACGUCGACGUAUGAUCAUAUCGCCCGAGCGAGUUGAUCCAUUUGCCGAAGGUGGAAAAACACCGGACAUUGGGUCUAGGACGUACACCGAGAUUAUGCGAGAGCAGUUGCUCAAAGGAGAAGAGACUGAGUUGAGAAAGAAAAUCGCAGAGAAAGCUAAAGAUGGCACUCUCAAGGCAAACGGCGAGCCAAAACCAGCCCCUAAGAAACGAGGUAGAUGGGAUCAGACUGAGGAUGCACCGGCUGUGAAAAAACCUGCUGGAACAGUCGCCACACCGACUUCUUGGGAUAAUGCAGAUGUAACGCCAGCAGCAGUUCGCUGGGACGAAACCCCGGGCCACGGCAAGGGUGGCGAGACCCCGGGUGCGACUCCCGGUGUCUCCACCCGCAUGUGGGACUCGACCCCGGGCCACGCCACCCCCGGCGCAGUGACCCCCGGCCGUGAGACCCCCUCCCACGACAAAGUAAUAACAAGCCGAAGAAAUCGUUGGGACGAGACCCCGAAGACCGAGCGGGAGACCCCGGGCCACAACAGCGGUUGGGCGGAGACCCCGCGGACAGACCGAGUAGCAGGUGACCUCAUCCAGGAGACCCCCACCCCCUCCGCCUCAAAGCGUCGUUCAAGAUGGGACGAGACCCCCUCGAACCAGACCCCAGGAUCGAUGACACCGCAGACCCCAGCGACUCCUCUGACGACUCCCCACCAAACCAUGAUGACCCCCAGUGCAGUGACCCCGACAGGGCCGAAGGCCAUGGGGUUGGCGACCCCCACCCCCGGCCACCUGAUGUCAAUGACCCCUGAGCAGUUGCAGGCGUACCGUUGGGAGCGAGAGAUCGACGAGAGAAAUCGCCCCCUCUCCGACGACGAGUUGGACGCCCUCUUUCCACCUGGCUACAAGGUCCUGCAGCCCCCAGCGGGCUACAUCCCCAUCAGAACCCCCGCCAGGAAGCUCACGGCGACCCCCACCCCCAUCGCCGGGACCCCCCAGGGUUUCUUCAUCCAGACCGAGGACAAAUCCGCAAAAUUCGUGGACAAUCAGCCCAAGGGAAAUCUCCCUUUCAUGAAGCCCGAGGACGCCCAGUACUUUGACAAACUCCUGGUGGACGUCGACGAGGAGUCCCUGAGCCCUGAAGAGCAGAAGGAGCGAAAGAUCAUGAAACUCCUGCUGAAAAUCAAGAAUGGAACCCCUCCGAUGAGGAAAGCAGCUCUCAGACAGAUAACGGAUAAAGCCAGGGAGUUUGGGGCUGGUCCUCUGUUCAACCAGAUCCUCCCCCUGCUGAUGUCCCCCACCCUGGAGGACCAGGAGCGUCAUCUCCUGGUGAAGGUGAUCGACAGAAUUCUCUACAAGCUGGACGACCUGGUGCGGCCGUACGUUCACAAGAUUCUCGUCGUAAUCGAGCCCCUGCUGAUCGACGAGGACUAUUACGCGAGGGUUGAGGGUCGAGAGAUCAUCUCGAACCUGGCGAAGGCAGCGGGUCUGGCGACAAUGAUCUCCACGAUGCGACCGGACAUCGAUAAUAUCGACGAGUACGUGAGGAACACGACGGCCAGGGCGUUCGCUGUUGUUGCGUCAGCCCUGGGAAUCCCCUCGCUUCUUCCUUUCUUGAAGGCUGUCUGCAGGAGCAAGAAGUCGUGGCAGGCGAGGCACACGGGCAUCAAGAUCGUCCAGCAGAUUGCGAUCCUCAUGGGCUGCGCCAUUCUCCCUCACCUCAAGAGUCUCGUGGAGAUCAUCGAGCAUGGGCUCGUGGAUGAGCAGCAGAAAGUCAGAACGAUCACAGCUUUGGCGAUUGCUGCUCUGGCGGAGGCCGCCACACCCUACGGCAUCGAGAGCUUUGACUCUGUCCUCAAGCCCCUGUGGAAGGGCAUCAGGACCCACCGGGGGAAGGGCCUCGCCGCCUUCCUCAAGGCCAUUGGCUAUCUCAUCCCCCUGAUGGACGCGGAGUACGCGAAUUACUACACGAGGGAAGUCAUGCUGAUCCUCAUCAGGGAGUUUCAGUCCCCUGACGAGGAGAUGAAGAAGAUUGUUCUGAAGGUGGUUAAGCAGUGCUGUGGGACUGACGGUGUGGAGGCCCAGUACAUCAAGGACGAGAUCCUCCCCCACUUCUUCAAGCACUUUUGGAAUCACCGGAUGGCCCUCGACAGGAGGAACUACCGACAGCUGGUGGACACCACUGUGGAGAUUGCGAAUAAGGUGGGGGCGUCUGAGAUCAUCAAUCGAGUGGUGGACGAUCUCAAGGACGAGAACGAGCAGUACAGGAAAAUGGUGAUGGAGACAAUCGAGAAGAUAAUGGGGAAUCUGGGGGCUGCUGACGUCGAUUCGAGGCUCGAGGAGCAGCUGAUCGACGGAAUUCUUUACGCUUUUCAGGAGCAGACGACUGAGGACGUCGUCAUGCUGAAUGGAUUUGGAACUAUUGUCAACACCCUGGGGAAGAGGGUGAAGGCCUACCUCCCCCAGAUCUGUGGCACCAUCCUCUGGAGGCUGAACAACAAAUCGGCGAAGGUCAGGCAACAGGCGGCUGACCUCAUAUCCAGGAUUGCUGUUGUCAUGAAGACGUGCCAGGAGGAGAAGCUCAUGGGCCAUCUGGGGGUUGUACUCUACGAAUACCUCGGGGAGGAGUACCCGGAGGUGCUGGGGAGCAUCUUGGGGGCCCUCAAGGCCAUUGUGAAUGUCAUCGGAAUGACCAAGAUGACCCCUCCCAUUAAGGACCUCCUCCCCAGGCUCACGCCCAUUCUGAAAAAUCGACAUGAGAAAGUCCAGGAGAACUGCAUCGACCUCGUGGGGAGGAUCGCCGACAGGGGGCCUGAGUACGUCUCAGCGAGGGAGUGGAUGAGGAUCUGCUUCGAACUGUUGGAGCUCCUCAAGGCACACAAGAAGGCCAUCAGGAGGGCUACUGUCAACACAUUUGGGUACAUCGCCAAGGCCAUUGGCCCUCACGAUGUCCUCGCCACUCUUCUCAAUAAUCUCAAAGUACAGGAGAGGCAGAACAGGGUCUGCACGACUGUUGCUAUUGCCAUUGUCGCUGAGACCUGCAGCCCUUUCACUGUUCUCCCAGCUCUGAUGAAUGAGUACAGGGUUCCUGAGCUCAAUGUGCAGAAUGGAGUCCUCAAGUCGCUCAGCUUUUUGUUUGAGUACAUCGGGGAGAUGGGGAAGGACUAUAUUUAUGCUGUCAGUCCUCUGUUGGAGGACGCACUCAUGGACAGGGAUCUGGUUCAUCGGCAGACCGCGUGUGCAGCUAUCAAACACAUGGCUCUGGGGGUCUACGGGUUCGGCUGCGAGGACGCUCUCAUUCAUCUUCUUAAUCAUGUUUGGCCGAAUGUCUUUGAGACGUCGCCGCAUCUCGUUCAGGCCUUCAUGGACGCUGUGGACGGGCUCAGGGUCGCCCUCGGACCCAUUAAAAUCCUUCAGUACACCCUCCAGGGGCUCUUCCAUCCUGCCAGGAAGGUGCGCGAUGUCUACUGGAAAAUAUAUAAUUCACUUUAUAUCGGGGGACAGGAUGCACUGGUCGCGGGAUACCCCAGGAUUCUCAAUGACCCCAAGAACCAGUACAUUCGGUAUGAACUUGACUAUGUGCUGUAAUAGAUUCUUUUUCCAGGGAUCGAAAUGCAGGAGAAUAAUCACGGAUAAUGUUUUCUUAUUCUUUAAACAAUAUUUAGAAAUGUUCAUGUGGAUUUUAUGUUUAAUAUAAUUGCUGUAUAUGUAA